AUGUUACAAUAUUUGAGUUUGGCCUAUUGUACACGGUUAACACAACUUUGCUCAACGUUUUUCAAUCAGCUAGAAAGUUUCAAAUCAUUAAUUUAUUUGGAUUUAUCUGGAUGUGUAUACAUUGAAUCAGCUGGUUUACAAAUAAUUAUUAAAAGUGUCACACAGGUGGAACAUUGGAUAUUGAACGAUAUCCCAUGGAUUUCAGAUAAAGAUCUUAAUGUUCUUGGAUCGAACUGUUCUAUAAUACAGACGCUUGAGAUGGUCAACAACCAAAACGUAAUUAUAUCUAACAUAAAUAAUCAUUCAAGAAUCGACAUUUUCCAUAAAAAUAUAACUUCAAUUGAUGGAGUUGCAGAAAAGAAAAUUCAACAAAAUAGACCAAUUACAUGUACUGGCUUAAUUCCGAAACAUUCUGAUUCUUCCUUAAUUUAUCCAUAUUCAAAUGUUGGAGAUUUAAUUACGGAUUAUGGUCUACAAUCAAUAAGUGGGAAGAAUUUAAAAAGACUCCUUAUUUCAAAUAUCAAUUCAUUUGAUGGAUCUGGAUUAAGCAAUAUUAUACCUGAUGAUAAUGCAUCAAGAAGAUAUUCUAAAGUUAAAAUUCAUCGUGCACCGAAACUUCAUUCUGGAUUACUUGAAAAUAACAGCUUAAAUUUACGAGAAAUUGCAAUUGUUGAUUGUAUAAAGGUGACUGAUAACUUACUUCAACACUUGAUACCUUUGCCAUAUCUAACCGUUUUAAAGUUAAGUGGUUGUGAAAGUCUUACAGAUCAUGGUAUAAAACUGCUAACUGAUGGGAUAUACGCUGAAAAUUUAAAGGAGCUAUAUUUAGCCAGAUGUCAUAAGCUAACUGAUAAGGCGAUUCAUACAAUGAGUGUGAGACUGCUCAAUUUAGCUUAUUUGAGUUUGGCAUCAUGUCCAUUGAUUUCUGAUGCAGCCUUCGAACUCUUGGGUCAGGUACAAAAAUUAUGGCAGAUAAAUUUAAAUUCCACCAAACUUGGUGAUCGAGGUUUAUCAGCUCUUGGAUCAUUGCCUAAACUACGUGAACUUAAAGUAUCUAAAUGUACAGCUAUCACUGAUUUUGGAUUACAAAAGUUUGCACAUCUGGCUAUCAACUUAGAAUAUAUUGAUUUAUCAUUUUGUCAUAAUGUGACAAACAAUGGGAUUAAAACAUUAUCAUUUUGUUGUCAUUUUCUUACGAUUAUUAAUUUAGCCGGAUGUAAUCUGCUAACAGACAUGGCAGUACAGUAUAUAUCAGGAGUGUGUCAUUAUCUAAAGUUUCUUGAUUUGUCCGGUUGUCAGUUGAUCACGGAAACAUCUUUAAGUCUUUUAAGAAAAGGUUGCAAGAAACUUGAACAUCUCCGAAUUUUACACUGCAGGUCAAUUAAAAGAAGUAAAUUAAAUCGGCUAGUAGGUGGAAAAAUUGAAAAGAUUGAACAUUCAACAGACGAACCUCCAUUAGAAUUUAUUGGAUAUUUAACAAAAGAAGAAGCAUAA